AGGGCAAUUUCGGAUUCGCCCGUGGCGUUUAACCAGGGUUUUAACAAGGUGGAGAAGGUGAUGAAGGCGCUUCACCUGAGGCGGCUGCUGCUGUGGCCUCGGUUCCAGGAGCAAGUACGACAGUGCCUGGACGCGAACAAACCCGUGGUAUUCGAGUGGGAUCAGGAGCUGAGCGCCCCCAUGCGGCUCAUCCAGGCGGCCCUGCUGGACGUGAUGGAGGGGCUGAUGCGCGAGCUGAAGCGGACCAACAAGCAGCUGGACGCCACCGAGCUGGUUCUAGAGAACGGCGUGCUGCGCUGCUUCGACUCGCUCAUCCGGCGGCAGUUGGAACCCAUUUGGCACGCCGUGGGCUGGAAGACCAGGAGGAUUUGCAGCGACCUGCGCACCCUGCGUGAGCUGUCGCUGCUGCUGCUCUCCACCGACUGCGUGUCCUUCCUGGCGCACUUGGAGGGGCUCCGGCAGAGCGAGGGGACCGCCUGCUUGUGGCUCUUCCACGACGCAACCCACGCGAUAUACGAACAGGCCCGACGGAGGGUGUACAUCUACCGCCAGCAGCAGACCGCUGGUGGUGGUGCUGCGGGUGCUGGUGCUGCUGCGGGUGGUGCUGCGGGUGGUGCUGCGGGUGCUGCUGCGGGUGGUGCUGCGGGUGCUGCUGCGGGUGCUGCUGCGGGUGCUGCUGCGGGUGGUGCUGCAAGCGGCAAAGCCAGUGGGGGUGCUGCAGGUCGUGGCGGUGGUCGUGGCAGUGCUGCUGCCGCCAGUGGCAGAGGCGGCGGCAGUGGCACUGGUGAUAAAGGUGGAAGUUGUUGCGAGGUGGAGGCGGUUCUUGAGGAGCCGCCCAAGUGGGGGCUGCUGGCGGAUGUGCUGGCGGAGGUGCAGGGGCAGCGGAGCAGGCUGAGG